CUUUCACAUUUGUAGGAGAAGAAGUGGGUGGCAAUUGGCAUGCUCACAGAGAAGCUAAACGUUCUCUCUUCUCAUUGCCUUAUUCUAUACAGAAAAGAUCCAAAGCAGUUAAAAUAUGGAGUAACUACCAAAGAAACCAGCUCCUAACUACACUCCAAAAAGCGGCCUCGGAAUGCCCACGCUUCACAAUUAAUCCUUUUUAAGUUAUUUACUUAUUGCUGAAUGUAAAUUAUAGGCCGGCACCUACAAUUCAAAGAAUACAAGAAUGAAUAUCUGCCCCUUUCUUUCUUGCCUAGUCUUCAGAGUCAAAUCUUGAUUGAGUUGGGAAAUGGGAAGUGUAUGUUUGUCAGCUUUUUUAGUAUGCAUUUUGGGUGUUUUGUGUUGGAAUGGAGUUGAAGGGUACGAGACUGGGAGUGGCAUUGUGGAUGGGAAAUUGAAUGUGCACUUGGUUCCUCACUCGCACGAUGAUGUGGGCUGGCUCAAGACUGUCGAUCAGUACUACGUUGGCUCCAACAACUCUAUUCAGGGUGCUUGCGUGGAGAAUGUUCUCGACUCCGUCGUUGUUUCAUUGCUUCGUGAUCCUAAUAGGAAGUUCAUUUUUGCUGAGAUGGCAUUUUUCACAAGAUGGUGGAGAGAGCAAAGCCAAGAAAUUCAACAAGUAGUAAGAAAGCUGGUCAAUGCAGGCCAGUUGGAAUUCGUGAACGGGGGAUGGUGCAUGCACGACGAAGCAACUACUCAUUAUAUUGACAUGAUCGACCAAACAACUCUAGGCCAUCAGUUGAUAAAGAGCCAAUUUAAUAAGACCCCUCGCGCUGGAUGGCAGAUUGAUCCGUUUGGGCACUCUGCAGUGCAAGGUUACCUUCUAGGGGCCGAGCUAGGAUUCGACUCUAUUCAUUUUGCUCGAAUUGAUUACCAAGACAGAGCUAAACGCAUGGGAGAUAAAUCUCUUGAAGUCAUAUGGCAGGGUUCAAGGACAUUUGGUUCAUCUUCUCAGAUAUUUGCAAAUGCAUUUCCUCAUCACUAUAGUGCACCUGAUGGUUUCAAUUUUGAAGUUAGCAAUUCCUUUGAUCCAGUCCAGGAUAAUCAUCUCCUGUUUGACUUUAAUGUCGAGCAACGUGUUAAUGAUUUUAUUGAUGCUGCCAUGACUCAGGCUAAUGUUACUAGAACUAAUCAUAUUAUGUGGACUAUGGGAGAUGACUUCCAGUAUCAAUAUGCUGAGUCCUGGUUCAAGGAGAUGGACAAACUUAUACAUUAUGUUAAUAAGGAUGGUCGGGUUAAUGCAUUAUAUUCCACACCAUCCAUAUACACAGAUGCGAAAAAAGCUGCCAACCAAGCAUGGCCUCUCAAACUCGAUGAUUAUUUCCCAUAUGCAGACAGUGCCAACGCCUACUGGACUGGCUUUUUCACGAGCCGCCCAGCCCUCAAACGAUACAUCCGUUUGUUGAGCGGAUAUUAUAUGGCAGCUCGUCAACUUGAAUUUCUGGCGGGAAAGAGAUCAAAUAGUGCUACUACAGACAGCUUAGGUGAUGCUUUAGGAAUCGCACAGCACCAUGAUGCUGUUACUGGUACUGCCAAACAGCAUACCACAAAUGACUAUGCAAAACGUUUGGCCAUUGGAUCCUCAGAGGCAGAAGCUGUGGUGGAUUCAGCUUUGUCGUGUCUGAUUGAUUCAAAGUCGAAUGGAAACUGCAGUGCAUCUACUUUGAAAUUUGACCAGUGUCAGUUACUCAACAUAAGUUACUGUCCAUCAACGGAAGAAGAUGUUCCCAAAGGGAAGAGUUUGGUUGUUGUCGCCUACAAUUCACUUGGAUGGGCCCGUACUGAUAUUAUCAGGAUCCCGGUUAAUGAUUAUAAUCUUGUCGUCAAAGACUCCUCGGGGAAUGUUGUUGAGUCUCAAUAUAUAGAAAUGGAUAAUGUGACAAGUGAACUGAGAAAGUUCUAUCUGAAGGCAUAUCUUGGGAUUUCAGACAUCAAUGCUGCCAAAUAUUGGCUCGUCUUUCCGGCAUCUGCGCCACCUUUGGGCUGGAACACUUACUUCAUCUCUAAAGGAACUCAAAAAGGAAGGAGACGAAAAUUUAUGUCUACGAUGGAUGUUGCACAGAAUGAAACUAUCAAUAUUGGACCAGGAAACUUGAAACUGUCAAUUUCCACCACAUCAGGGCAACUUACUCGCAUCUUCAAUUCUAAAACAGGAGUCGAUAUACCUGUGCAACAAAGCUAUCUUUGGUAUGCUUCAAGUCCAGGAGAUGCUGAUCCUCAGGCUUCUGGUGCUUACAUUUUCCGUCCCACUGGAUCGCUUCCUUCAGUUGUCUCUAGAUCAGUUCCUUUGAAGAUCGUCAGAGGGCCACUAGUUGAUGAAAUUCAUCAGCAAUUUAAUCCGUGGAUCUACCAGAUUAUUAGAGUUUACAAAGACAAAGAUCAUGCUGAAUUUGAAUUCACGGUCGGUCCAAUUCCCACGGAUGAUAGCAUUGGGAAAGAGGUGAUCACGAGAUUAUCAGCUAAUAUGGCCACCGAUGAAGUGUUCUACACUGAUUCCAACGGAAGAGACUUUCUAAAGCGGGUUAGAGAUUACAGAGCUGACUGGCCUCUCACAGUUACUCAACCUGUAGCAGGGAAUUAUUAUCCAAUUAAUCUCGGGAUCUUCGUGGAGGAUAAGAAAUCCGAAUUCUCUGUCCUGGUUGAUCGGGCCACCGCAGGAUCCAGCAUCAGUGAUGGAGAAAUUGAGCUGAUGCUGCACAGACGUAUUCUCAAAGAUGAUUCUAGAGGAGUAGGAGAAGCCCUCGACGAAACUGUGUGUAUCAACAACAGUACAUGUGAAGGACUCACGGUUCGAGGAAACUAUUAUAUCAGUGUGGACCAGCUUGGGUCUGGAGCGCGUUGGAGGCGAACAGCUGGGCAGGAGAUCUAUUCACCACUCGUGUUAGCCUUUUCACAUGAGGACUCGGAGAAAUGGAGCUCUUCUUAUCUCGUGCAGGGAAGUUCCAUGGCAUCAAACUACAGUUUACCUUCAAACGUUGCACUAAUUACUCUCCAGGAGAUGGGAGACGGGAGUGUACUCCUUCGUCUGGCGAAUCUGUAUGAGGCUGGUGAAGAUCCUGACUACUCAAAACUUGCCAAGGUUGAACUGAAGAAGAUGUUUGCGGGGAAAACGAUAACGAAGAUCAAGGAAACGAGCUUAACAACGAACCAAGAGAGGUCGGAGAUGAAGAGGGUGACAUGGCAAGUGGAAGGUACAACGCAGAAUGAGGCUGCUCCGAAUAGAGGUGCUCCUGUGGAUGCAUCUAGUCUUGUUGUUGAGGUAGCUCCUAUGGAGAUCCGCACGUUCGUCUUAAGUUUCUGAAACCAGAUGAGACGACACACGCCCGCCUUCUGGACUGUUAGAAAUUGAUGAUUUAGGAAAGCAGCAUUUGCUCCAUUGCUUGGAGUGGAGUUCUCGAAUAACAGCAGCAGCUGCUGUCACUUCUUUCCACUGAAAAAACAUAAAUAAUUAAAGGUGAAGGGGUUGUUGUAGCAUUGGUUUUUUAUCUGUAAUUUGAAAAGAAAUGACUGUUACAAACAUUUUUCCAUUUUAUGUUGAUGUUUGACUUGAACAAGAAGCAUUGCAGAUAUAGCUAUAGCUGUUUUAGCUGGUUUUUGAUAUUUUGAUUUGGAGUAAAAAGUACAUCAUUGAUAUA